AUGCUACAUCGUCCAUACGGAAACACGAUAAGGUUGCUAGCGCAACCCCGAAGAAUAUAUCCAAGAGCUCUCGAAAGGAGCCAAUGUAGGAACUUUGUGUCCAUCGGUGGGCCAGUAGCGGACUUAUUUACAACAGUUCAUGAAGUAUCAGGUAUACCGUGGGUGGUUCUAGUCCCCUUAACAACCUUAACUCUGAGAAGUGUAUUUACACUACCCCUGAGUGUAGUACAGAGGAAGAGAAUUAUAAAACAACAAGAGCUGAGAAAGGUAGUUCAGAGUGCAACUCCGAUUGUAAAGCUGCGACUUGCCCACGCCGUGCAGACAGCUAACAAUGGCGAAGUGCCUGGUACUAAAAGUUCAACGGGGGAAGAGGCUGCCGCUGCGAUGGUAGAAAACAGUAAACUGAGCAAUAUUACCCCGGAACAGAUAACACUGCUCGCUGUAAGGGAGACCAGGAAACGUCAGAAGAAACUGUUUAAAAGAUAUGGCAUACAAAUGUGGAAGAACGCUAUAUUACCAUUUGUUCAAAUCCCUUUGUGGGUCUCUGUGUCUCUGGGUAUAAGGAAUCUUACGGAACUUCAAGUGGAGAGGGCCACCAAACAGUGGUUCGAUCAAUUCUCGUGGCAUGAUAUAGAUCUAACUGGCCCAUUGUUAGACUACCCUGUGGCUAUUCCCAUGAUCUUAGGGUCAUUGGCGUUAUUGAAUAUUGAAUAUAAUGGUAAGAUGAUAUCCAGGAAGUCUACAGAUUCGGUUGGCAUAAAGGCAUUCGACGAUCAUUAUUCGAGGACAAAUCAAAUUUUCAAGAGCAUUUUGAAUGUUUCGCGUAUUGGUUGCAUAUUUAUGAUGGGUGUUUCUUCACAAGCCCCAGUACUGUUGUCUCUAUACUGGAUUAGUUCCCAAGCGUUUUCUUUGCUCCAAAACAUGGUUUUGGAUUCCUUUUGGCCCUACAAGAGAUAG